AUGCUUAUGGCAGAGAUGGAUAUUGACGAGAUGGACAUUAGAGAGAUUGAGGAUGCUGGGGAGAUCAGUCUGUCUGAGCUUGGAGAACAUUUUCUCCAGAACUUCUGCAAGAAAGCCGCCACAUCCUUCUUCGAUGAGUAUGGGCUUAUAAGUCAUCAGCUCAACUCCUACAACUUCUUCAUCGAGCACGGGCUUCAACAUUUGUUUCAAUCCUUCGGCGAGAUGCUAGUGGAGCCUUCUUUUGAUGCUACGAAGAACAAGGAGCAUGAUUGGAGGUACGCGACGGUGAAGUUCGGAGAAGUCACCAUUGAGAAGCCCUCUUUCUAUUCGGAUGACAAGGAGCUUGAGCUCCUCCCAUGGCACGCGAGGCUGCAGAACAUGACCUAUUCUGCUCGCAUGACUGUGAACGUCGAAGUCGAGGUGUUUGUUCAAAAAGUGGUCAAGAGAGACAAGUUCAAGACGGGACAAGACGAAACUGUGGAGAAGCAGAUACUGCAUAAGAGGAGUCAGGGCAUUCCGAUUGGCAGGAUACCCGUGAUGGUGAAGUCUGUUCUCUGCAACACAGUGGGAAAAGGGAAGAAUGGGGAAGAAGACCACAACAAGGGUGAUUGUGCAUUCGAUCAAGGUGGCUACUUUGUGAUAAAGGGAGCUGAGAAGGUCUUUAUUGCUCAAGAACAGAUGUGCACAAAGAGACUGUGGAUCUCUAAAUCCCCAUGGACAGUCUCGUACCGGUCCGAAACCAAAAGAAACAGGUUCAUUGUGCGCCUGGGAGAGAAUCAGAAAGCAGAAGACUACAAGAGAAGGGAGAAAGUACUGACGGUGUACUUCUUGUCUACUGAGAUCCCAGUAUGGAUUCUGUUCUUUGCACUUGGCGUUUCUUCCGACAAAGAGGCGUUCGAUCUUAUAGCGUUUGAUGGUGAUGAUGCAAGCAUCACCAACAGUCUAAUAGCUUCGAUCCAUGAAGCUGAUGCCGUCUGCGAAGCUUUUCGCUAUGGGACCAAUGCUCUAGCGUUUGUUGAAAAGCAGAUCAAGAGCACCCAGUUCCCACCUGACGAAAGUGUGGAGGACUGCCUGCGUCUCUACUUGUUUCCAAGCCUCAAAGGUUUGAAGCAGAAAGCACGGUUCCUGGGCUACAUGGUGAAGUGCUUGUUCAGCGCUUUUGCUGGGAAAAGAAAAUGUGAGAAUAGGGACAGCUUCAGGAACAAGAGGAUUGAGCUAGCUGGAGAACUGUUGGAGAGGGAGAUAAGGGUGCAUCUGGCACAUGCUAGAAGAUCAAUGACCAAGGCCAUGCAGAGACACCUCACAGGCGAUGGCGAUUUGAAGCCCAUUGAGCACUAUUUAGAUGCAUCGAUUAUCACAAAUGGGCUAAGUAGAGCCUUCUCCACUGGAGCAUGGUCUCAUCCUUUCAGGAAGAUGGAAAGAGUUUCAGGUGUCGUAGCCAAUCUGGGCCGUGCAAAUCCACUGCAGACUCUGAUUGAUCUGAGGAGAACGCGACAGCAAGUUCUCUAUACCGGCAAGGUUGGAGAUGCUAGAUAUCCGCAUCCCUCUCACUGGGGCAGGGUAUGCUUUUUGUCAACCCCAGAUGGUGAAAAUUGCGGUCUUGUGAAGAACAUGUCUCUCCUUGGACUUGUUAGCACUCAGAUUUUGGAGCCUGUGGUGGAAAACCUCUUUGCUUGUGGAAUGGAAGAGCUGGUGGACGAUACCAUCACAUCUCUGUGUGGGAAACAGAAAGUUCUUGUCAAUGGAGACUGGGUUGGAGUAUGUUCAGAUCCUGAAUCCUUUGUUGCGGAGUUAAGAAGCAGGCGUCGUCAGCGUGAACUACCUCGUCAGAUGGAGAUCAAGCGAGAUAAAGAUGACAAUGAGGUGAGGAUAUUCACUGACGCUGGCAGACUACUCCGACCUCUCUUGGUUGUGGAGAAUCUCCACAAGCUGAAGCAAGAAAAGCCUGCACAGUAUUCCUUCGACCAUCUUCUUGACCAAGGGAUUCUGGAGCUGGUCGGUAUUGAGGAAGAAGAAGACUGUAACGCAGCAUGGGGAAUCAAACAGCUUCUGGAGGAACCUGAGAAUUACACACACUGCGAACUGGACAUGUCCUUCCUGCUGGGUGUGAGCUGUGCGAUUGUCCCAUUUGCAAAUCACGAUCAUGGGAGGAGAGUUCUGUACCAAUCACAGAAGCAUUGCCAACAAGCGAUUGGGUUCUCAUCAACGCACCCUGACACCCGCUGUGAUACGCUGUCCCAGCAGCUGUUCUAUCCCCAGAAGCCGCUUUUCAAGACAUUGGCGUCUGAGUGUUUGCAGAAAGAAGUGCUCUUUAAUGGCCAGAACGCAAUCGUUGCUGUGAAUGUUCAUCUCGGGUACAACCAGGAGGAUUCGAUUGUGAUGAACAAGGCUUCAAUGGAACGCGGUAUGUUCCGCUCGGAGCAGAUCAGGAGCUACAAAGCGGAUGUUGAUAGCAGGGACUCGGAGAAGAGGAAGAAGAUGGAUGAGCUGGUGCAGUUCGGAAAGACACACAGCAGAAUCGGAAGAGUAGACAGCCUCGAUGACGACGGGUUCCCUUUUAUUGGUGCUAAUAUGCACAGUGGCGAUAUUGUCAUCGGCAGAUGUACCGAGUCUGGGGCUGAUCACAGUGUAAAGCUCAAGCACACCGAGAGAGGGAUUGUGCAAAAGGUGGUAUUGUCAUCUAAUGACGAUGGGAAGAACUUUGCUGUUGUUUCUCUGAGACAGGUUCGUUCUCCAUGUCUUGGAGAUAAAUUCUCCAGUAUGCAUGGCCAGAAGGGUGUGUUAGGGUAUAUAGAGGAGCAGGAGAACUUUCCGUUCACGAUGCAAGGCAUAGUUCCUGAUAUUGUGAUAAACCCACACGCUUUCCCGUCUAGGCAAACACCGGGCCAACUCUUGGAGGCUGCGCUCUCCAAAGGAAUAGCUUGUCCCAUCCUGAAGAAGAAGGGUAGCUCUGAUGCGUACACCAAACUGACUCGUCAUGCCACUCCUUUCUCCACUCCCAGCGUCAGUGAAAUAACCGACCAGCUUCACAGGGCUGGGUUUUCAAGAUGGGGAAACGAAAGAGUCUACAACGGAAGAACAGGAGAGAUGAUGCGUUCACUCAUCUUCAUGGGCCCAACUUUCUACCAGAGACUUAUCCACAUGUCAGAGGACAAGGUCAAGUUCAGAAACACCGGACCAGUUCACCCGCUCACACGCCAGCCAGUCGCAGACAGAAAGCGGUUCGGCGGAAUCAAGUUUGGAGAGAUGGAGCGAGACUGCCUCAUAGCACAUGGAGCUUCUGCGAAUCUGCACGAGCGUCUCUUCACUCUGAGUGACUCCUCGCAGAUGCACAUCUGCAGGAACUGUCAGAACGUGGCGAAUGUGAUCGAGAGGGCAGCGAGCAGCGGAAGAAAGAUCAGAGGGCCAUACUGCAGAGUGUGCGAGUCGCCGGACCAUGUGGUGAGGGCUUGUGUGCCGUACGGAGCAAAGCUGCUUUUCAAAUUCGAUCAAUUUCUCUCGCCUAUAGCCGUUUUUCUUCUUUCCUGUAACGCGAUGAAUCGGGAAAGCCUGUACGAGUCUGACGACGAUGACGACGAUGAAGAAGAAGACGAUAUUGGUGAAGAUCUCGAAGACUUAAGACUCGCCUGUAUUGCCUCCGAGGCGAAUUCCGACGACGUUAUCGCCAAAACCGGUUCUGUUGGAGCGGAUGGAGGCGGCGGCGACGGCGGAGGGAUACCGUCGGAUUCGGAGAACGAAGACGACUUCGAGAUGCUUCGGAGUAUAAAGAGCCAAUUAGCUUCGUCGUCAGAAUUGAGAGAUGAUCCUCCCUUGGGUUUAUCAGAUUCUGAGAGUGAAGACGACUUGGAGAUGCUUCGGAGCAUCAAGAGCCAAUUAUCAUUGUCGAUGGAUGCGUGCGUUCCGCCGAUGAGUUUAUCCGACGACGAAGAAGAUGAUGCGCUUGAAACACUUCGCGCCAUUCGUAGGAGAUAUUCUGCUUAUGCAAAGUUCGACGCAGAUGAUAAUUUGAUGAAUGAUUCUCCCGGGAAGAAAAAGCAGGUACAUGCCUCGGACAAUGAACCUUCAAGCGAAAUAUUGAGUAGAUCUAAUACUUGUGAAAGCUUGCCAGAUCACGGGAAAUCAGUUGGCGCAGUGCCAGAUUCAGAAGCUGGCCAUUCUGUUGAUGAACACUCUUCUCUUCUGCCACCUGCGAGCUCAAGCUUCCCUGAAUCUGCACGAGCCUUUGUUGAUGCCAUCAGGAAGAACAGGUCAUACCAGAAAUUUCUUCGGAAAAAACUGACCGACAUUGAAGCGAUGAUCGCGCGGAACGAGAAACACGCGAAAAAUGUCAAGAUAGUACAAGACUUUCAAGCUUCUUGCAAGAGGAUCACUAAGCAGGCACUUUCUCAGAGGAAAGAUCUUCGUGUGGAGUUGAUCUCAGCACGAAAAUAUAGGACUUCUGAUAGCUCCGAGGGUAAUGGUAAGAAGCUGUUGACAAUGGGUCCACCGGAAAACGCUUCUGUUGCAAACUAUAGGAUGAUGCUAGGGAAACAUCCAGUUUUAGUGGAUCGCAGAAAUUGGUCUCCUGAGGAGAAUGACAAUCUUGCAAAAGGUCUGAAGCAACAAGUUCAAGAAACACUGCUUAACGAAGCUAUUGAACGGUCCAGUGACUUGGAAGGAUCUUCACGUGAUAUAGGCACCAUUAAUGAGUCCAUCAAGAAUCUAGAGAUCACACCAGAAAUGAUUCGGCAAUUUCUUCCGAAUGUUAACUGGGAUCAGUUGGCCUCGACAUAUAUCAAGGACCGGUCUGCUGCAGAAUGUGAAGCGCGUUGGAUGAGCUCUGAAGAUCCAUUGAUCAACCAUGGUCCAUGGACUGCAGGAGAGGAUAGUAACCUACGGAUACUUGUCCAAGAAAAGAGUCUUAGAGAUUGGCUCGACAUUGCUCUUUCCCUAGGUACAAAUAGGACUCCAUUUCAGUGUUUAGCUAGAUAUCAGAGGAGCUUAAAUCCAGACAUAUUGAAAAAAGAAUGGACCUCAGAGGAAGAUGAGCAACUCCGCGCUGCAGUAGACUUGUAUGGCGAAAAAGACUGGCAAUCUGUUGCAAAUGCAUUAGAAGGAAGAACUGGAACUCAGUGCUCUAAUAGAUGGAAAAAGACGCUUCACCCUAGCAGACAAAAAGUAGGGAAAUGGAACGCAGAGGAGAACAAACGUCUGACAGUAGCUGUGACACUCUUUGGUGCUAAAAACUGGCAUAAAAUUGCUCAGUUUGUUCCUGGACGGACCCAGGUUCAGUGUCGAGAGAGAUGGACAAAUAGUUUGGAUCCCAAGUUAGUUCAUGGGAAGUGGACCAAGGAAGAGGAUGCAAAGUUGAGAGAAGCAAUUACAGAACAUGGAUAUAAUUGCUGGGCCAAAGUCGCUUUACAUUUGCCUCCUCGUACUGACAAUCAAUGCCGGAGGAGAUGGAUGCAUUUAUAUCCUCACCAAGUGCCUAUUGUAAAAGAAGCUCUAAGGUUACGAAAAGAAGCUAUUGUAGAGCGUCCUGCUCUUGCCACAGGCGAUUUUUUGGCACGACCCGAUAUAUCUCUUGAAGCAGAACCCAGUAUUGUUGCACAGAAGAAGAAACGCAAAGCAAGAGGGAAGAAAUCAGAUGUGGGAUGCGAGAACGAAGAAUCUUGUGCUGCUAUAGAGAGACAACCAAAGAGGAGGAGAAAAGGAUCAGAGGGAUGCUCAGGAGAUGUAUGUAGACAAGAGAAUGAGUCUGUUUGUGAAAAUGGUGAAAACGAUGGAGGAGGUGUUGGGGUUUUGGAAGGGUGUAAAGAGAAUCAAGACAAUGUAAAGGAGAAACCAAGACUCGAAAGUGUUGCAGAAACAUCGAACAGCAGCACUGUGGCCACCAAUUGCUCUCAAGUCAAAGUUGGUAUCAAGAAACUUAAGCCUCGGAGGAAAGUGUCUGCACUAGUUCACACCGAGAAACAAGAUGCACCAAUUUAG